AUGCCUCUUAGUCAGAAAUUGGAUGAGCCUCUUGUUACUAUUGAGAUUGCUGACUCCAGCACAAUGCAGCAGGCCGUUGACCCGCUUGCCACGACGAGUACUCCGGUGGUGGAGCCCGUCAACGGGGCGCCAUCGGAAGAGUCUACGCGUCGACAAGGACGGAUCACCAAUCAGCUACAGUUCCUUCAAAAAAAUGUUAUAAAGGCCGUGUGGAAACAUAAAUUCGCAUGGCCCUUUCACCAACCAGUAGAUGCUAAGAAAUUAAAUCUUCCAGAUUACCAUAAGAUUAUUAAAAAGCCUAUGGAUUUGGGAACUAUAAAGAAGCGAUUGGAAUCCAACUAUUACUAUUCUGCUCAAGAAUGUAUCCAAGAUUUCAACACCAUGUUCACUAACUGCUAUGUCUACAAUAAACCUGGCGAAGAUGUAGUUGUUAUGGCGCAAACUUUAGAAAAAUUGUUCCUGAAUCGAAUAGCCCAAAUGGAUAAAGAAGAGAAGGAAAUUGAAGUGCCAUCAAUAAGUGGCAAGGGGACUGUGAAAAAGAGAUCGGGUGGUUCUUCAAGUGGAGGUUUGUCAGUGGGCGCGGUACCAACUGCAGCUCCAGUGGGAUCACGGAGUACGCCCGUUAAAGCGGUUCCUUCUACGCCUAUGCCAGCAUUCGUUGGCUCUACCAACACAACCACCACACCUACCCUCACAGCACCCCCAACGCCGCCGGCCACACAUGCGGGCCUCCCACAACAGGUAGCAACGCAACCUUCGAAUUUCCACGUUAGUCAAGCCGCCGCUCCCCCUGUAUCGACUAUGCCUGCAGUAGCCUUAUCACAAACGCAACCUGCAAAGGUAAAAAAAGGUGUGAAAAGAAAAGCGGAUACUACAACACCCAUGGGAAGUUCUUUCGAAGGUGGCUACACCACGCCUACCAUAGAACAGCAGGGCGGUCCUAAACCAGCUAAAAUAUCCACAAGACGGGAGAGUGGAAGGCAGAAAAAGGCUGGAAGAGUUGGCGACGAUAGUUUCAAAAUGGGCGGAUUGUCUCCUGGCGUCGGUGGCGCAGGAGCAUCACAUCAUGCAGGCACUCCACAAUUGCCCAAGAAUAAGGAAAAACUUUCUGAUGCCCUCAAAAGCUGCAAUGAAAUCUUAAAAGAACUGUUUUCCAAGAAACAUUCAGGCUACGCCUGGCCGUUCUACAAACCCGUGGAUGCUGUGUUACUUGGACUGCAUGAUUACUUUGAUAUCAUCAAAAAGCCAAUGGAUCUCGGUACAGUGAAACAGAAAAUGGACAAUAGAGCGUAUAAAACAGCAGCGGAGUUCGCCGCUGAUGUUCGCUUAAUAUUUACAAACUGCUACAAAUAUAAUCCACCUGAUCACGAUGUAGUUGCGAUGGCGCGGAAGUUGCAAGAUGUUUUUGAAAUGAGAUAUGCAAAAAUUCCUGAUGAACCGUUGCAUGCUGGAGUCCCUCACAUGGACAAGGGCAGCUCUGCCUCAAGUUCGGAGUCAGGAUCCGAAUCAGACUCUGAAUCGGAUGACUCCGAUGAGGAAAGAAAUAAUAAAGUUAAAAUACUAGAGAAAGAAUUGCUUGCCCUCCAAGAAAAAAUGAAAAAGCUUGUAGAAGAAUCCAACACAAAGAAAAAAGCAAAAAAGAAAGUUAAGGAUAAGCAGAAGAAGCAAGUGCCUAACAAUGCUGUUCCGAAGGCCACCACUGUGCCUGCUUAUACUAAAGUCAAUAAUAUUGCAGAAAACUUAGCGUCGAGCGGUGUACGCGGAAAAACGGGUAGCAAACGAGGUGGUGGCGCGGGCAAGGGUAGUUCGCGCAGCGCACCACCCGCUAAGAAGAAGAGCUCUACGCCUGUCGCGGCGCCGGCUACUCACGCGCCGCCGCCCAAUGACAGCGAUGAUGAAGAUCUCGCGAAACCCAUGUCUUACGACGAAAAACGACAACUCUCGCUCGAUAUCAACAAGCUUCCAGGUGACAAGUUGGGCAAAGUGGUACAUAUAAUUCAAAGUCGAGAGCCGUCGCUGCGGGACUCAAAUCCAGAUGAGAUUGAAAUAGAUUUUGAGACUCUUAAACCGUCCACACUAAGGGAACUCGAGAGCUAUGUCGCUUCAUGUCUUCGAAAAAAGACACAUCGAAAAGUUUCUGGAAAAUCAAAAGAUGAACAAAUAGCUGAGAAGAAACAGGAAUUGGAGAAGCGAUUGCACGAUGUAACUGGGCAGCUAGGGUCGAAUAAAAAACAGCAACCUAAAAAAGAUGGCAAGGACGGCUUAGGAGGGGGAAUAUCAUCGUCCUCCAGCUCUUCAGAUUCGUCUAAUUCGUCGUCCAGCACCGACACUAGCUCGUCUGACAGCAGCGACAGCGAAGCAGGUACAAAUGUUGGAAAACAGAUGAAGAAAAAAGUAAAGAAACAAGGCCAUCCGCUUCCAUCGACGCAGCCUAAGACGAUAGUUGCACCAGUCGUAGCGCCAAUAGUGACGCCGGCGGUCGCCCCGCCACCGGUGGCGCCAGAAGUUCCUCACAUCCCGCCCGCGCUUGAAGUCAAGGAGACGCAAGAAGUGCCCCCUGCGCCGCAACCGGAACUGAACAACCCCCCCGUCGCAUCUGCCCCUCUUACGACGCCAGUUCAACCCAUUAUAAAUCCACCCAUCAGCAAUUUACCCGAUUCUUGCAACGUGCCUCUAGUUCGGGAAGCAGAUAACUUGAAGCCUCUUAAAAUGGAACCCCGCAACGGGCUCGAUAAAGUCGACACAUCGCACUACAUAGAUCCCAUAGAACGUUCGCUGGCUAGUCUAGAGCGCAGUCUGCAAGCUGAAAUCCCACUGGACGACAGUGUUAGCGCCUCUGAAUCGUCUAUGCGGCUGGAAGACUUUGCUCUGUCGAAGCCUUCAAUGAUGUCGGACCCGUCGCACCAUAACCUAAUGGCCCAAUUGGGCGGACUAACGGACAUGACGCACGUACCUGAAACCAUAAAAACCGAAAUGCACCUGCCGCCGCCGCACAACGGAUUCGUGGAUAAAAAUAAUAUUCAACACGAGCGAGACCUAUCGCGGCCAGAACUGAACCCCAAUUUGAGCGGGAUGACGACGGCUCCACCCGUUUCCUCCAUAUUUGACCCUGUUUACUCUGCUCCGCUCUCUCACCCUGUGACGGCGCCUUCUCAUAUAAAUGUGAUGGCUUCGAAUAACAUGAUUCCACCGACGAUAAAGAAGGAGGACGUCAAGCCUCUACUCACGCCCAAACCCAUCGAAGACCUCAUGAGGGUUCCGAGUGUGCUCACCAAUAAUAUGGCGGAGAGAGGAACGGCCCUCGCACAAAUGUUUAAAACAAAACAGGAGCAAAACUUAAGGAACGCAAGCUCGUGGUCGUCGUUAGCCCAAGCGGGAAGUCCACAGAGCGUUCCUACAACGUUGGGAACCAAUAAUCAAAUAAAACCGAAGCCCGUUAUGGAUAGUUUUCAGGCCUUCAAAAAACAAGCGCGUGAGAAGAUAGAUCGGCAAAGAGCCCUCAUAGAACAACAGGAAUUAAGGAAGAAAGAACAGGCCGAGAGGGAAAGACAAAGACAAGAAACGGAAAGACGACAUCCCGAAGAAGAUAAAAUGAGGGGCGUGCAAAACGUCAGAAAGACGGAGAGCGCCGAGGUGUCAUCACCCAGCGUGUCACCAGUGGCUCGAGGGUCGCCCCCUGCUGCAACCGCAGCGGUGGCAACCGCCGCACCCGACAAACCCCCCGCAUCAGAAAGAGACCGUCUACGCCAACGCGAACAGGAGAGGCGGCGACGAGAAGCAAUGGCUGGGCAGAUAGACAUGAAUAUGCAAAGUGACUUGAUGGCUGCCUUCGAAGAGUCCUUGUAA